UCGAGUACUAAAAUUCCACCGCCACAUAUGAAAAUGCAGACGGUCCUGAUCGUGGGGGCGACAGGCAACAUCGGCGCCUCGGCCAUUCACGCUGCCCUGCGGUCCAAACUCCACGUCCUCGCCAUUGUGCGCAAUCAAGCCUCGGCGGAGAAGCUCUUCAGCAAUGUUGGGACCCGCGAAGGCAUUACGACGGUAGAGGCGGACAUCUUGUCUGAUCACGGGGUGAAGAAUGUGGUGGAGAAGGUGCGGAAGGGGGAAUUGCCAGCUUUCCAGCAUGUCUAUGCCGCAGCUGGCGGGUUGUUCGACCGCACGUCCAUCCUCGAUCUUACCACCGAUGACAUCCGCAAGUAUAUGCAGGUCAAUUUUGAGCCAAAUCUUCUUGCCUAUCAAGCAACCAUCCCCUAUCUGCUAGAGCAGAACGACCCUACAAGCACCUGGACGCUCUGUACAGGCGCAAGCGGGGAUAACGGGAGUCUUGCAGGAGCUAGCAUAACACAGGGCGCACUGUUUUCUCUAGCGAAUGUUGCGUGUCUUGAAAACUCGAACACCAAUAUCCGCUUCAAUGAAAUCUAUCUCGGUUUGUUUGUGAUGGCAGGCGCUGCAGCAGAACAAGCCGGGGUGAUGAAGGCGUCGGAGUUUGCUCUAGCUUACGAGAAGCUUUUGGCCCGCCCAGACAUCAAAGGUUGUCGCAUAAAAGUGUGCCAGCAAGACGACCUGACCGAGUUGAACAUCAGCAAGAAGUUGGAAUAG